UUCGUGUUGUUUGAUGACAUUGGAAUGUUGUUAAAAAUAUUCAAAAUGUUGUAAAAUAAAUAUACGCUAAUUACAACGUGAGGUUAGAGAGAGUAAUUAGAGCGAGAGACUCUCCAGGUGCACGAUAUCGUGAGUGCUAUCGUGAACCGCUGCCAUUAAUGGCUAAGCGAGGUCGACCUAGAAAAAAUCCCCAACCUCAAGCCCACCAGAAGAGUGUUGUGCCGGCGGCGACAUCAACACCUGAGGUUUUGGCGACUCCCUAGAAUUCUUCGAUUCUAGUAAUUUUGGGAUCUGAUGGACCAGCAGGUACGACCAUGGCGGGGAAUGGAGAUGUUAUCAUAGAGGGGUUUGAACAUCGGCCUGUUACAAGGCGGCUUCAGAUGCUUACCCCGACACCAUUGACGACUAGUGAUGGCCAGCAUGGUGGUAAGCUUUCCUUUAUCCCCUACUCUUAAAAAUGGCACUCCUAUUGCUUGUUUACAACAGAGUGCUAUGGAUGAGGAAGCUAGCAAAUGGGACAAUGCUUUAAUUUUGUAUGUUAUUGGAGAUGUGCCCACCAUUAAAUAUGUGAACACCUAUAUAGAAAAACAAUGGAGCUGUGAUGCUGUUCCUGAGGUUUUCCUCCAUAGUGAGGGCUAUUUUGUUAUUCGUUUUGGAAGCCUGUCGGAGCAUAAUCGUAUUCUUUGUGCGGGUCCUUAUACUAUUGCUAACCGACCAGUUAUAGUUAAGGAGUGGGCACCAAAUUUCAAUUUUAGUACGGAAGUUUUGACAAUGGUUCCUCUUUGGAUACAGUUGCCAAGCUUGCCUUUGAAUUGUUGGGGUGUGGAUUCCUUGAGUAGAAUUGGUAGUAUAUUGGGCAAGCCUCUAUUUGCAAAUGAGUGCACAACAAAUCAAACUCGGAUUUCUUAUGCCCGAAUGCUAGUUGAAAUUGAUGUUACCCAACCCUUGUGCUACAAGGUUAUGGUGGAGGGUUCUAAUGGUGUAGUUCAAGAACAGGUGGUAUUAUAUGAUUGGGAACCUAUGUUCUAUCCCAAAUGUCAGAUUGUUGGGCAUGUGUGUGGGAAGCCUUCUCACCCUCAGCCUGCUAAGCGUAUAAAGAAGAAAUGGGUUCCUAAAGCAUAUGUUCCUAUAAUGUCUGACCAGCCUGCUGCUAAUGGAGCUACUGCCGAACCAGUGGUAACUCAGCAGGAGUGUACGUGGUCUGUGCCUCGACGUUCUAUCUAUAGGGUUAGUCCUACUGCUGCAACUGUAGUACCUAUAACCAACCCUUAUACCUUCCUGCCUACAGAUGAUGUGUUUGAGAUUGCGGCCACUAAUACAAAGUCGUCAAGGGGUGAGGACCCAAUCCUCUUCGGUUCGCUAUGAGGACGGUUAUCUGGAAUGUUAGAGGCUGUAAUAAGCUUUUUAAACAAAAAGAGGUGAAAACUUUUUUGCUCAAAAAUAAAGUUGAUGUUUAUGCGUUGCUUGAAACUAGAGUUAAGUCUCAUAAUUUUAGUAAGGUGAAGAUUUUUUGUAACUGGUCUGUUAUGAAUAACUAUUCUCAUGCCUUGAAUGGUAGAAUCUGGGUUCCCUAGAAUCCUAGAAAGGUGGAUGUUGUUCUGCAUUCUAGUUCUGCUCAAAGAAUCUGUUGCCAUUUACUUGAUCGUCAUACUAGUUUGAAGUUUUUCUUGGUGGAUAUUUAUGGGUUUAAUACAAUGGAAUUAAGGAAACCUUUAUGGUCAUUUCUUGAUUCUAUUUGUAAUCAGAUUUCUGAUCCUGUGUUAAUAGGUGGUGAUUUCAACACUAUUUUGUGCCCAACUGAUCGUUUGAAUGGGAAUGAUGUCUCCUUGAGUGACAUGGCAGACUUUGCUAACUGCUUGCUGGCUAAUAACCUGAAUGAAGUUAGAAGUGUGGGUGAUUACUACACGUGGUGUAAUAAUCAGAGAGAUAUUCGAAGGAACACUCCAUUCAGAUUUCUCAAUAUUCUAGCUGAUCACGAGGAUUUCUCUAAUAUUGUUCAUAGUGUGUGGCAGCAAAAUUUCUAUCAGCAACCUCUUAUUAACAUUUGGUAUCGUCUCAAGGCUCUUAAGAUUCCCUUUAAACACAUUUAAACUCAGUGUUUUAAAGGUGUUGCUCAUAAGAUCGACUCAAUCAGAAACUCUCUCCAAGUUAUUCAACAGGCUCUUGCUGUUGAUAGACUUAAUGCAGACCUUGUCCACAGAGAAAGGAUACCUUGAGAAUAUUGGAAAAAUGGAGUAACAUAGAGGAGAAGAUUUGGCAGCAGAAAUCUCGAGCUUCAUGGGUCCAACUUGGUGACUCUAACACUAAGUACUUUCAUGCAUAUGUGAAAGAGAGGCAAAGUCAAAACUCGAUCAAGCUGCUUGUCAAGAACGAUGGCUCUAGGGUUCAGACUCAGCAACAGAUCAAGGAUGAUGUCAGAAGUUUCUAUAUGCAAAUUAUGGGCAGUGCUGCUUCUGAACUUCCAAUGGUUGAUCAGAAUAUUGUAGAGAGGGGUCCUGUACUUUCUUCCCAACAACAAUCAAGACUGUGUGGGCCAUGCUCUCUCUUGGAGGUCAAGGAGGCGCUGUUUAGUAUGGAUGAAACGAAGGCCCCGGGCAUGGAUGGCUUUAAUUUUUCUUCUUUAAGAAGGCUUGCAACAUUAUUGGGCCAAGUGUGGUCGAAGCAAUACAACAAUUCUUUGAGACUGGUUUUCUCCCUAAGGUAAUCAACUGCACUUAUGUUACGUUAUUACCUAAAGUCGAGAAUGCCACUUCUAUCAAAGAUUAUAGACCCAUUGCUUGUUGUUCGGUGCUCUACAAGAUCAUUUCUAAAAUUCUUACUAAUAGGUUUCAACAAGUGAUACAAUACCUUGUUAGCGAUAGUCAAUCUGCAAAGGUCGGGUUAUUUUUUAUGAUAUCCUCAUUAGUCAUGAAUUGAUUAAGGGUUAUGGUAGGAAAGGGGUCUCUCCAAGAUGUAUGCUUAAAAUUGACCUUCAAAAGGCUUAUGACUCGGUCGAAUGGUCGUUCAUUAAGCAUCUUAUGCUUAGCAUGGGGGUUCCUUAUAGGUUUGUGAUGUGGGUUAUGUCUUGUUUAACCACAGUUUCCUAUUCUUUCAAUGUUAAUGGGGAACUUACUGAGCCUUUUGAGGCAAAAAAGGGGCUUAGACAAGGAGACCCUAUAUCCCCUUAUUUGUUUGUUCUAUGUAUGGAAUAUCUUUAGAGAUGUUUAGUAUCGAUGAGGAACAACUCUCAAUUCAAGUUUCAUCCCAGAUGCAAAAAAUUGAACCUAGUACAUGUGUGCUUUGCGGAUGAUCUGUUGUUAUUUUCCAGAGGUGAUCUUGCUUCAGUCAGACAAUUAUUCGAAGCGUUUAUCCUUUUCUCUAGUGUCUCUGGUUUGAAGGCUAAUCAGGCCAAAAGUUCUAUUUACUUUGGUGGAGUGCCUGACAUAGUUCAGCAGAGUAUUUUGAAUGAAUUUGGGCUUUCAAAAGGUGAGCUCCCUUUACGAUAUCUUGGUGUUCCGCUCUCUUCGAAGAAGCUCACUGUGAUUCAGUGCAUUCCUUUGGUUAAGAAAAUUAUAGCACGAAUUGAUAAUUGGUCCUCUAAGCUGCUCUCCUAUGCCGGAAGAAUCCAACUUAUCAAGUCUGUGCUCUUUGGCAUGCAAUCUUACUGGUGCCAUGUUUUCUUACUGCCUCAAAAAAUCAUCAAACUCAUUCAGACAGCAUGUAGGACUUUUCUAUGGACUGGUAAGUCGGGCACAUCUAAGAGAGCCUUUGUUGCAUGGGAGAAGCUUUGUUUGCCCAAAUCUGCUGGGGGUUGGAACCUCACCUGUUUUCAGACUUGGAAUAAGACAACUAUCUGUAAACUCCUGUGGAAUUUGGUCCAGAAGAAAGAUAAAAUUUGGGUCAAAUGGAUCCAUGUUUAUUAUGUGAAGAAUAGGGAUGUUACUUUCGUGACUGCCCCUGCUCAGGCUUCUUGGGUGGUACGGAAGAUUCUGGAUUCGAUUCAAAUUCUAAGGAGUUAUUCAGGAGGUUUGUCCGUAUUACAAGACAAGACUUUUUCUAUAAAGAAGGUAUAUGGGAGUUUAAGGGGUCAUUUCCCUUCUGUUCCUUAGAAGAAACUAUUGUGUAACAAUCCCGCUCCUCCUAAGUGCUUAUUCGUAUGUUGGCUUGCACUGCUUGGUCGACUCUCUACUUGUGAUAAUCUGCUCAAAAUUGGUUCUCUUUGUGAUCAGGUAUGUAUUUUCUGGAAGGCACAUGAUGAAACAAUAUCUCAUUUUUUUUCUCAAUGCACUUUUACGAGUUCACUUUGGCGAAAAAUUCUUGUCUGGUUUGGUGACAGCAGGAAUAUUGUAGAUUGGCAAUCUGAGGUCCAGAUUCUAGUCCACAAGUAUAAUAGGAAUAAUAAGUUGCAUCAAGUUUACAGAAUGCUACUUAGUAUUACUGUUUAUACAAUUUGGAGGGAGAGGAAUCUCAGGCGUUUUCAGAAUGUUCAAGUUGAUGAAACUCUUUUGUUGCAGCAGAUUCAACUCACUACUUAUAUCAGAUGCCUCCAUAAUCCUAAACUCUCUAGCUUAGUGCCUUAAUUUUGGUCUGCUGGUUAUUUUGCUUAUGUUUUCUUCUGUGUUUAGCUGCGGAUGCCGGCUUUGUUCUGUUGCUCUGUUGGGCUUGUUGGGUAGUGUUGGUAUGGUUGCAGGCUGCUAUGGGUUUUGCAGGCUGCUAGUGCUAUACUGCUGUGUCUGCAUUAUGUUUUUGCUCCCUGGUUCUGGUGUUCAGAUGCAGGCAGGUACUUAUUGCUGGAAUGCAGAUGGUGUUUUUGGCAGGUUUUCUGCUGUUUACAGUUGUUCUAUUGCUGGCUUGGUUGCCUAGUUCAACUAGUGUUACUGGCUAGUGUUCUGGUUUCCUGGUUUGGAUAAUGUGGCUGUACUUCUUUUUGAGUCCUUUGUUGUUGCUUCGUUGUUGUUUGUUGCUAGGGAUGCGGGUUGUGCUCCCGUAGCUUUUGUUUCUUGUUGCGUUGUUUGGAUGUUGUUUUGGUUUUUUUCCCCUUUUGGUAAUAAAAUAUCUCUAUUUUACCAAAAAAAAAAA